AAAAAUGAAAUUAAAGAGGAGCCCAACAGAAACAGGACACAUGAUAGAUUUGAUUGCUUAAAGGAAUUUUCUUUAAAUACUGACAUAGAAGAUGAAAAUAAACUUAGGGAAUUUGAAGAUAUGCAAAAUAAAGAGGGACAGGAGGUUCUACUGUAUCUACUGAGUUCUCCCACAAAAUUACAUUACAGCACAUGUGGCUGUAAGCAAGGCUAUAAUAAACGUUCAUUGAUGCCGAGAUGGGUAGUAUGUUUUUAAUUCUAGAUAUAGCGUAAAAAGCUUUAUUCAAGAUUAGAUUUUUAGUCUGCAUUUAUAUAAAAAAUAGUUGUUUUUAGAACUCUUUAGCGACGUAUUAGUAUAAUAUAAUAUUCAUAGACGUAUCUAUUAACAUAGACUGAGCCUAACCUCCGCGCUUCCUGACGACAAGAUCUCUUGGACAGGUUUGCGGUAUCUCUUUCUUGCACAUUGUAUCGAGAAACUAAGUGGGGGUAUUGGGACCGUGAAAGUUCCGGAAGAGCGACACCUGGUUUCAUAGCUCAGCAACAUUUUUAGCACUUUUAAUUAUAUCGGCCAAUUAUAUUAGUCCUGGUUACUGGAUAAUUGUCAAGGCCAUAGCCAAAAAUAGAAUAAGAAGAAAAGAAUUUCCCCAAGAGGAGGACACUUGGGAAAUUGUGAAGAAAAUAGACAUACAUUCAAGUAAUGAAGAACAACCUAUGUAUAUUCUUGCUAAAAUCUGCCGAGUUGGAACCGUUACACGGGAUUUCAACGAAGACCAGAGCACAUCGGAACCUAUGAAAAGAACAGCUGUACGUUCCUUAAGCCGGCCUGUUGAAGAAAAAUCAUUAAAGUGCGAAAUAUGUUUCAAGCAGUUUUCCCAAACAAAGUUGUUACAAAGACAUUUGAUGACGCACACCGAAGAAAGACCUCACAGGUGUGAACUUUGUCUUAAGCAAUUUAAACAAAUAUAUCAAUUGAAUAGGCAUUUGAAAUUACACACUGGACAAAAACCUUACGAGUGUGAAAUUUGUUUAAAGUCGUUUUCUCAAGCAAGUUAUGUGAAACAGCAUAUGAAAUUUCACACUGGAGAAACGCCUUACACGUGUGAAAUUUGUUCUAAGCAAUUUAAAGAAUCGGGAAAUUUGAAAAAACAUUUGAUGACUCACACUGGGGAAAAACCUCACAAGUGUGAAAUUUGUUUUAAGCUGUUUAGGGAAACAAGUAGUUUGAAAACACAUUUGAGAAUACACACUGGAGAGAAACCUUACAAGUGUGAAAUUUGUUUUAAACAAUUUAGUAUAGCAGGAAGUUUGAAAUCACAUUUGAGAGUGCAUACUGGAGAAAAGCCGUACAACUGUGAAAUUUGUUUUAAGCAAUUUAGUAAACCAGGUACUUUGAAAAAACAUCUGACAUCUGUGCACACUGAAGAAAAACCUUACCAGUGUGAAAUUUGCUUGAAGCCAUUUUCUUGGAAAGAUUCUUUGAGACAACAUUUGGUGAAACACACUGGAGAAAAAUCUUAUAAGUGUGAAGUUUGUUUGAAGCAAUUUUCAUUGGCAGAUUAUUUGAAACAACAUAUGAAAGUGCACACUGGGGAAAAACCUUACAAGUGCAAAAUUUGUUUAAAGCAAUUUACUCAAGCAAAUGGUUUGAAAAGACAUUUGAGAACACAUAGUGGAGAAACACCUUACAAGUGUGAAAUUUGUUUUAAGCAGUUUAGCCAAGCAGAUCAUUUGAAAACUCAUCUGACAGUGCACUCUGGGGAAACACCUUACCAGUGUGAAAUUUGCUUGAAGCUAUUUUCUCGGAAAGAGUAUUUGAAAAAACAUUUGGUGAAACAUACUGAAGAGAAAUCUCACAAGUGUGAAGUUUGUUUUAAGCAAUUUAGUUUACUAAGUUCAAUGAAACGGCAUGUUAAGGUGCAUUUAAAUAAAAACGAAUACGAACGAACGAACGAAGAAACGAAUUCGUAGGUGUUCGCUUAGUUAUUCGUUUGCUACAAAGUAAGACCAUUUAAAUUAUAGGGAACGAACGCAUUUGUUGAUGAUCCGUCCGCAAUGUCAGAUACAGAUGAAGAUCUAAUCACUAGCACUGCUAAUUUUAAUGCAAUAAUGCCUAAUAAAAUGAAAUGUGUGUUUCAAGGGACAAAAUGAGAAAAUAAGAUAUGUCAUAUUCAUAAUAAAUAGUAUAAAUUGUGUAUAAAUGUAUUGAAUUUGUAAAAUUUGUAUGUAUUCAGUAUAAAUUUUGAUACGAA